AAUAAUAACUUUAUGUCACCAAAAUUAUUUUAUUAAAUUAUUUGAGAUGAGUCUUUUGGGACUUGAUAAAUGGGCACGUUUGAUAAAAAUUAUCAUUCACAAUGGUGGUAUACGCAAAUCUUUACAAACGCUUUGGUAUACAGAUACUCUGAAGGAAGGAGAAUAUAAGGGCACCGAUUGCAAUGGCAACAAAUACUAUGAAAACCAGCGGUAUAUGAUAGCUCGAAGUCGCUGGGUCAAAUACAACUUGAUAUACGGAUUUGACUACGAUGCAUCUCAGAUUCCACCGGAAUGGUACGGCUGGCUGCACUACAAGACGGAUCGUCUGCCGUGUGAGGAUCCCGCUAAACUGGAGCUCAAGGCCGACUGCAGAGCACAAAAAUGGCUGCAACCAACCUCUGAGAAUAUGUCCGGAACGGCUAAAGCCUAUGUCCCAUACAGCACCACGAAAUCAAAUAUCUGUGUAUGGGAUGGAAAAAGCAAGACAACUCGGGAUUCAGAGAACCAAAAUUAAAAUAUUUAAAUCUUUUUGCAAUUUACUUUAGUUACUUAGUCGGUGCUCAAUCAUUUGAUAAAAAUAAUUUAGUACUUAACGCUUUUCUUCAAUUUACUUAUUAGUUUUGUCGUCAAUAUUACGGUUUUAGUCAGCAUAAUUAAUAUGUUAAUUCAUAUGUUUUCCCCUAGCUUAGAGUAAUAAUUGUCGCACCAUCCAAGAAUAUAGAAAUUUAAAUAAAAACUAAAAAAUACUA